CUGACUGGGAUUCGAACCCUGACCUCCUGGUUCAUAGGCUGACACUCAACCUCCAAGCCACGCCGGCCGGGCUCCAGCACUUUCUAACAGUCCAUUUGGGGUUUAAUAAUUGGCUUUGUUAGAGGGCUUGUGAUGUUCGUUGCUGGGCCCUGCUUGGGUGUAGACCCUGCGUGAUGCUUCCUCCCACACACCUGAGACAACACCUGCCAUGGUCACGGCAGAAGCCAGCAGGCCAGGCCCCAGGAGCCCCCUGGCAGACUCAGACCUGUGCUCUUCACAGGCCCCGCCAUGUCUGGGCCCCAGACCCCAGAGCCAGCCCUUGACGAUCAGGGAGACUCCCCCACGGACACCAGGGAGGAGGACACCGCCGCUGCGACCCAGCACUCCCACCGCAUGCUCAACUUCAGCGAUGCUCUGCUGUCCAUAAUCGCCACCGUCAUGAUCCUGCCUGUGACCCACACGGAGAUCUCCCCUGAGCAGCAGUUUGACAGAAGUGUACAGAGACUCCUAGCCACCAGGAUUGCCGUCUACCUGAUGACGUUCCUCAUCGUGACCGUGGCCUGGGCAGCACACACCAGGUUGUUCCAGGUGGUUGGGAAAAUAGACGAUACCCUGGCCUUGCUCAACCUGGCCUGCAUGAUGACCAUCACCUUCCUGCCGUUCACAUUUUCCUUAAUGGUGACCUUCCCCGAGGUACCUCUGGGCAUCUUCUUGUUCUGUGUGUGUGUCAUCGCCAUUGGGGCUGUGCAGGCGCUGAUCGUGGUGUAUGCAUUCAGCUUCCCUCACCUCCUGAACCCCCGGAUAGGGCGCUCCGCCCACUGUGGCCUGUACCGGCGGCAUGUCCUGCAGAUCAUCCUGCGGGGCCCAGCGCUGUGCUUCUUAGCCGCAGGCUUCUCCCUGUUCUUCUACCCACUGUCAUACCUGCUGAUGGCGACCGUCAUCUUCCUCCCCCACGUCAGCAAGGCCGCCGGCUGGUGCAGGGACAGGCUCAUGGGCCCCCGGGAACCCCCGGCUCACAGCAUGGAGUUCUUCACAUUUGACCUGCAGGAGCCCCUCAGUAAGGAACGGGUGGAAGCCUUCAGCGACGGGGUCUAUGCCAUCGUGGCCACACUCCUCAUCCUGGACAUCUGCGAGGACAGCGUCCCAGACGCCAAGGACGUGGAGGAGAGGUUCCACGGCAGCCUGGUGGCCGCACUGAGCGCGUACGGGCCACAAUUCCUGGCGUAUUUCGGCUCCUUCGCCACCGUGGGCCUGCUCUGGUUUGCCCACCACUCGCUGUUCCUGCACGUGCGCAAGGCCACACAGUCCAUGGGGCUGCUCAACACGCUCUCGCUGGCCUUCGUGGGUGGCCUCCCGCUGGCCUACCAGCAGACCUCGGCCUUCGCCCGGCAGCCCCACGAGGAGCUCGAGCGCGUGCGGGUCAGCUGUGCCAUCACCUUCCUCGCCAGCAUCUUCCAGUUCGCUGUGUGGACCGCAGCCCUGCUGCGCGAGGCGGAGACCCUGCAGCCCUCUGUGCGGUUCGGGGGCCAGGAGCACGCCUUCAUGUUCGCCAAGCUCGCCCUAUACCCCUGUGCCAGCCUGCUGGCCUUCCUCCUCACCUGCCUCCUGAGCAGGUUCAGCACGGCCAUCUUCCACGUCAUGCAGAUCGCCGUGCCCUUCGCCUUCCUGCUGCUGCGGCUCCUCGUGCGCCUGGCCCUGGCCCUCCUGCGGGCCCUGCAAGGCCUGGCCCAGCCCGCACACUGCGCCGAGGACCCGCUGCUUCCUGCUUCCUGCUAGUGCCAGACCCUGCCCAGGUGGGCUUGUGAUGUCAGUGCCCAGCUCUAUCCUGGGCCCGCACAAGCUCACGGCUGCGUGGGAGCUGGCAGUCGGGUGGUUGGGGGCUGGUGGAGCCUAGCCGCAACCCCUCAGCCUUGUUGGGGAGCAGGGGGUGUGCUGUGGUCCUAGGUCCUCUGGGCCAGGCAGCCCCUCCCGGGACCCCUUGGCCCAGUCUGAUCUCCCCUCCCUACAUGCAGAGCUCCCUGGCAGCUGCCAGGCUGCAAACCACCCCUCCCUGUGCACCGGUCCUUACACAGAGACAGGAGUGAGACAGCAGCCAAGGCCA